GUACGCGGGCUACGCUAAGCACCUCAGGGCUGCGCAGCGUGGCGCCGCAGAGCGGCCGCUACAUCAUCAAGUCAAUGUCGCUCGCGGCACGGUCAAGCGCUUGGAGAAGAAGAUCGAGGCCGAUCUCGCCCGUGUGCUUCGCCUUCGGCGGGGAUUCGUAGAGCAAGAAAACAUGCUUCGAGAAACGCGAGAAUCUUUGGUGCAAGCGGGCGCAGAGUACAAGUCAUUGGGGGUCAAGCUCAAUCAGGAGGCCUCCAUCGUCCCUGAUGAGUCCGCCCAGUCUGUGCCUGCGUUCAAGCUCAUCGCCCUCGCCGGCCUCGCCGAGGACCAG